AUGGAUGUUCAAAAGUAUUUGGCACGUAUCGGCUGUUCGGGUCCAUGUCCUCCGACAUUGGACACAUUGCGGUACGUUCACCUCAAUCAUUUAUCGACAGUUCCCUUUGAAAACCUCACUAUUCAUAUCGGAGAACGGGUCAGGCUUGAACUGCCACAUCUUUAUGAAAAAAUCGUGUCCAUGCGCCGUGGAGGAUUCUGCUUUGAAAUGAAUGGACUCUUUUCUUGGCUGUUGUCUCAGUUGGGCUUUGUCGUGACUAUUCUCUCCGGACAGGUGAGGAAUCGGUUCACCGGUGCUUACGGACCUCCCUUUGACCAUUUUAUUAUAAUGGUGAAGCUGGAUGGGCAUAGAUGGCUCUGUGACGUAGGGUUUGGUUCAGGAUUCCAGCUUCCUCUGUCUCUUGAGACAGAUAGUCCCCAAGUACAGAGCCAUGGGGUGUAUCGCCUUAGAACUCAGGGAAAAAUGGUUUUCAUGGAAAUGAACUCUGAGACUGAGGUACCAGUGAGUGCAGAAGGCUAUUGUUGGAAGGAAGUGUACAAAUUUACUCUGGAACCCCGUGAAAGAGAUGAUUUCAAAGCCAUGUGUGAAUACCAUCAGACUUCUGCAAGCUCACUUUUCUUCUGCAAGUCUCUCUGUUCACUCUUAUUGCCCACGGGAAGAAUCACAAUCAUGGGCCGCAAGUUGACUGUGACCAGCCUGGCCUCAAAGGACCAACGGAACACUACAAAAACCACCGAAGAACUUUCAGAUGAAGAGAUCACUGAGAUUCUGGGGGAGAAGUUUGGAAUUGUUCUUCCAUCUCCGCUCACUCCAAAAGAUGUUGAAAUCAUGCCACCACCAGCUAUUUAUUAACAAAUUGACAUUUAAAUACGUGAUAAGAGCAAGGAAAUGUUUGAAUCAAAUUUUUGUUACGUAUGAAAUGAAUCUGCACU